CGAAGAGGGGGCUCUCCAGAUGCUCAUGGUGGGGUUCCAAAGCAACCCCUGGCAAUGAAGCACCCUCUGGCAACCCAGAUCCUCUCCUGACUUCCACGCUUCUCCGAGGACAGUUGCAGAAAAGUGCCUUUCACCUCUUUGCCACAGGUUGACUUCCAGAGAGUGGAGAGGACCAAGUGCUCCGUCCUGGCCAGCGAUGAGACAGUAACUGGUGGUGAGCAGCUCAGUUCCUGAAGGAGGAGGACACUCUGACCUUUGCAGACCUCCUUCUCCUCCUGAUGAAAAGUCUCAGGCCAGGCAUGGGACCAUUUGAGGGAGCCAACAGCACUUUCACCUUGGAGAAGACAGCAUUAGAUGUGAAGCUGCCAGAGGGCUGGCAUGACAAGGACUUUGUCACUCCUACCCAGGAUCUCUCUGGGUCCCGCAGUGUUAUGAUGGACAGCACCAAGAUCCUGGGGGUCCAGGUUGUCCUGAUUGCUGCCUACUCCCUCAUCAUUCUGCUGGGAUUCAUUGGCAACUCCCUGGUCAUCUACAUCAUAGUCAAGUACAAGACCAUGAGGACUGUCACCAACUUCUUCAUAGCUAACCUGGCCCUGGCAGACCUGAUGGUGGACACGCUCUGUCUGCCCUUCACCCUGGUGUACACCCUGCUGGACGAGUGGAAGUUUGGAGCUGUUCUUUGUCACCUGGUCCCUUAUGCUCAAGCUCUGAGUGUCCACGUGUCCACUCUCACCCUAACUGUGAUUGCCCUGGACAGGUAUCGGUGUAUCGUGUUCCACCUGGACAGCAGGAUUUCCAAGAGGCUCAGCUUCACCAUCAUAGCUGUCAUGUGGCUGGCAGCAGCUGUCCUGGCAGGCCCUCUGGCCAUCUUCAGAGAGUACCGAUAUGAGGAAAUCCCAUCCAUCAACCUCAAGAUGGCUGUCUGCUCAGAGAAAUGGCCCUCUGGUAACAACAGAGAUGCCACCAUCUACAGUCUGUCCAUGCUCCUCCUGCAGUAUGUUCUUCCUCUUGCAAUUAUUUGUUAUGCCUACACCAGGAUCUGGUUCAAGCUGAAAAACCAUGUCAGUCCCACUUCUAGGAAUGAAAACCAGUGCCGGAGGAGGAAGACCACUAAAAUGCUAGUGAUGGUAGUUGUGGUAUUUGCAGUCUGCUGGCUCCCCUUCCACAUAUUCCAGCUUGCCAUUGAUCUUGAUCUGGUUCUUAUCUUCCACGAGUACAAACUCCUGUACACUGUCUUCCAUGUUGGGGCCAUGUGCUCUACAUUUGUCAACCCCCUGCUCUAUGGAUGGAUGAACAAGAACUACCGGAAUGGCUUCCUGAUGUUCUUCCGUUGCCAGGACAAGCCAGAAAGCUUCCACACUGAAGGCUCAGUUAGAGGGAGGUCGUACAUCUUCAGAGCCAAUACCCUAAAUGGGAGCAUCAAACAGACUCCUGGCAAUGGAUCACUGCCCACAGAGGUUUAGGAAUGGGUCAUCCACCUCCAGGACUGAGGCUCUGGGACUGAGCCCAGAGACAUUCUUGGGUGAAUGCCUUUUUUUUUUGACAGAAUAUUGUGCUGCCAAUUAUACCUACCACAGCCACAUAGAAAUACCCCCUGUACCUCUCAGAACAAUAAAUCUGGUGUACUUCUGCCUGAACAAACAAAUGAAUUUUUCCUUUCUGUGCGUUCAAGUUAUGCACACCGACGCAUGAAAAAAAAUAACACGGAGAGAAGGCUUUCAUUUAGCCAGAAAAAUACGCCCUUUUCGCUAUUUCCUCUUGCCAAAGUGGGUUGCUCAACCUUUCACCCCCUGACACAUUACACGUUAUAAAUGUGGAAUUGUUAUUGUGUGUGAUUGUUCAUCUGUACCUCUCCUACCCAAAAGCCUUAAUGACCCAUCUUUAGCUAAUGCCUCCAGGGGGAGGGAGAUCUGCAAACACAGAUCACUCUGCUGGCCUGGGAAAGGGGAGGGCUGGCACAGGUUGAAGCUGGGCAAUCCAUGAUCUCUUGCCCAGCAUUGGCAAGAAUCUGCAUUUGCAACUCACAGGAUGAGCUCUAGUCCUCAGAAAGCCCAGGAGGUGGCAGUGGCACUACUUACCACUGUCUCCUUUACAAAUGCCGAAGCAGGGCUUUGGGAAUAUCUCAUUAGCCAGGGCUUUUGAACCAGGGCCCUGGAUUUAGAGAGGAGGAGAGCAGGCAGAGAAGCAGAUAGGAAAGGAAAGGAAAGAGCUGGGGCAGCUGAUCAAGAGGACUGAAACUGAACCUUAGGGAUUGGCAAAGGCAAUCUGCUCCAGGCCCUAAGAUGUGGCUCCUGCCAUGCAAUAACUUGAUAGGUGCCAACAUGACCAGAGAGGCAAAACUGCCAAUGACACCAUUCUCCAAGGCACUCAGAGGGUUUACAGCUUUCCUCUUACUGAGGCUGGAGGUUGUAUGGGUCUGUACAUGGGUGCUGCAGUUCAGAAGACAGAUGUAACCUGCUUGCAUGGUGGCCACAGAUGUGGUGUCCUCUGGCAGAAGAAGACAUGGAGACGAAGAUGUUUUCUUUCAAACCAAACUAUAUGUUCUCCUCCUGAAGGCUGUGUCAGCUGGGGAGCGUAUUUUUA